AGCAGCGCCGCUGCCCAAAUCCUCGCAGGCGGCUCAUCAACGCAUUUGCAGCUCCGGGUGCAGCUUGGGUGUCCGUGGGUCCGUCUGCCUGGCCAUCUGCCGGUGGCCCCUCUCCCUCCUGCUGCCUCCCUGGGAGCCCCACCUUGCAGGCGCAGCCUCUGCGCUCAGCAUGCGGCCGCCCAGCCUCAGGCACUUCUUGCUGCUGGCUUCCUCCCUUCUCCUCGCCGGGCUGUCAGCCGCUCCACAAGGCUUCUCGCCGUCCCUGAGAAGCUGGUCGGGCGCCGCCUGCAGGCUGUCCCGGGCGGAGUCGGAGCGCCGGUGCCGCGCCCCUGGGCAGCCCCCCGGGGGCGCGCUGUGCCACGGUCGGGGCCGGUGCGACUGUGGCGUCUGCAUCUGUCACGUGACCGAGCCCGGCACCUACUUUGGGCCCUUGUGUGAGUGCCACGAGUGGGUGUGCGAGACCUACGACGGCAAGACCUGCGCAGGCCAUGGUAAGUGUGACUGUGGCAAGUGCAAAUGUGACGUGGGAUGGUCUGGGGACGCCUGCCAGUUCCCCUCUAGCUGUGACCUGACCAAGAGGAAGAGUAACCAAAUGUGCAAGAAUUCUCAAGACGCCAUAUGCUCCAAUGCAGGCACAUGUCAUUGUGGCAGAUGUAAGUGUGAUAAUUCAGAUGGAAAUGGACUUGUUUAUGGUAAAUUCUGUGAGUGUGAUGAUAGAGAAUGCAUGGAUGAUGAAACCGGAGAAAUAUGUGGAGGCCAUGGGAAGUGUUACUGUGGAAACUGUUACUGCGAGGCUGGUUGGCAUGGAGAUAAAUGCGAAUUCCAGUGCGACAUUACCCCCUGGGAGAGCAAGCGAAGAUGCACUUCUCCAGAUGGCAAAAUCUGCAGCAACAGAGGUCACGGGCAGUGCAAUUGUGGAAGAUGUGACUGCAAAGCCGGCUGGUAUGGGAAAAAGUGUGAGCAUCUACGUUCCUGCCCACUGUCGGCUGAGGAGAGCAUCGCGAAGUGUCGGGGAAGCUCUGACCUGCCUUGCUCCGGGCGGGGUAAAUGUGAAUGUGGUAAAUGCACCUGCUACCCUCCAGGAGAUCAGAGGGUGUAUGGGAAGACGUGUGAGUGUGACAACCGCCACUGUGAGGACCUCGACGGUGUCGUCUGUGGAGGUCAUGGCACAUGCUCCUGUGGCCGCUGCGUGUGUGAGACAGGCUGGUUUGGAAGGCUCUGCCAGCAUCCACGGAAGUGUAACCUAACAGAAGAAAAAAGCAAGAGUCUGUGUGAAUCAGCAGACGGCGAACUGUGCUCGGGGAAGGGUUCUUGUCACUGUGGAAAGUGCAUUUGUUCUGCAGAAGAAUGGUACAUUUCGGGGGAAUUCUGUGACUGUGAUGACAGAGACUGCGACAAGCAUGAAGGACUCAUCUGUACAGGGAAUGGAAUUUGUAACUGUGGAAACUGUGAAUGCUGGGACGGAUGGAAUGGAAAUGCAUGUGAAAUCUGGCUUGGCACAGAAUAUCCUUAACAGUUGCAUUGGAGAACACUCUGGAUUCUUAUUUUUCUAGGCCAUUAGAACAUAUAAAUGCAAAGAAAACCAUGUAUAAUCACCAGUAGGGCAGAUUAAACAGACUAUUGUAUGUUUUUCUAUUUCUGAAUUCUUGACUGAAAUCUGGGUACCUAUUAGAAGUGAGCUAAGCAAAUUCUGAUAUAAAUCAUAGAAAUAAGGUUUUCUCUUCAAAUAACAUCAGUAGUUCUCAACGUGGGUGACUUUGCCACCCAGAAGACAUUUGGCAAUGUCUAUAGACAAUUUUGACUGUCACACUGGGUGGGGUGGGAGGGUGUACUGCUUACAUUUAGUAGGUAGAGGCCAGGGGUGGCCCAGCAGCCCCCAGAGUACAGGACAGCCCCCACAUGACAGAGAAACAUCUGACUAUGAAAGUCAAUAGCGCCGGAGUUGAGAAACGCUGAAUGAUGUGGUCUUUAAAAACCCAUGUGCCUAAAAAAGAUGGCAUUGGAUUCUGUUGAGAAGUAUAUUCUUGCACAAGCCCAUUGAUUAGUUUUUGCAGGAUUCCAUAUCAUUCAGCAUUUCCACGUGAGGACAUGAAGAGAAACACACGUGAGGUACAAUGGUGGGUUGGGGGACCAGCAGGAAUUCUAUGGAAGAGGGAAGACCAGAGCUUUUCAGCCAUUAGGUCAUUUGUGCAGUCUCACUUUAAACUCACAAAAGCAAAAUUCUCUCAAAAUAAAGGAAAACAUUAUGAAAAAUGUACAAUUUAGCAUUUUAAAAUAAAUAGUGGCAUGUUUGUA